AUGCAAUUUUUCGCCGCCGCCACGCGAUUCUCAACAACCGUCACCAUACUCAUCGUGUGCUUGGUCGUUCUUGUGAUUACGGUCCAACCGGCAGAGGCAUUAUCGAACAAUAUGCAAGGCUCACUUCGGCAGAGUCGCAACUGUUUCUUCUCGCCGAUGGGAUGUAUCUUCAUUCCGAAAAAGUCGCGGAUUCGUAAAAUAUCGAGCAAUAUGCAAGGCUCACUUCGGCAGAGUCGCAACUGUUUCUUCUCGCUGAUGGGAUGUGUGUUCAUGCCGAAAAUGUCGCGGAUUCGUAAAAUGUCCAACGAUUACGAUGGAUGA